ACGUCAUAGAUACGGCGCCAUUUGAUAGUGAUCGGACGUGUAAAAAAAUUAAGAAACAAAUAUUUGAGAUUUCAACAUGAAGUUGAAAGUAAUACUCACGCACUGCAGUGCAUACAAGGCAAGACGGUUUAAUCCUUACAAGAGGGCAAGACCCAAACUACUACAAAAGAGAGCUGUGGAUGACCAUGAUCUUCUACAGUCGGAUAUCGGGCUGCAAAAAUGCUUCUCUUCUGAGAAAGAAAUGACAUUAGUCAGCACCAACAUAGAAGGGACAGGAACACUGUAUCCUUUGGACAAAGGCAAUAGAAAUAACAAGACAGACCAGCCUUCCCUUCGUGAUGAUUUAGCAGCCAAACAGUCGGGUACCUUAUUGGGAGGAAACACUGAUGAUGACAGUUGUGUUAUUAUUGGAUACUCCCCUAGGAGAGACAAGCCAUCAGAUCUACACAACAAAAAUAACGGGAAUAGCUCACAUAAAGACAAAGGUGGGGACCCUAAGUGCAAAGUCGAAUUUAAGAAGAAGGAGACUUUAUCAGUCAGUGAUGGAGAUGCAACAUCUGGUAUCGCAGACAAAAAGUUAUCCCCGUGUGAUACUUUGGACUUCCUGUUCACACAUUCAGAGGUUGACGAGUCCAACAAAAAAUACCGGACAUGGUCAGAACUGGAGACCUCAGAGGGCAAAUCUGAUUCAAUUCCCCCAAGACAAAGCUAUAUACCCACUGAUCAGGCGUGGUGGUAUGCAAAGAAUGUCAUCGCCACUGGUCGAGACAUAAUCUACAGACCUCUGGCCGAUGAAUGGAAAGAACGGAUGGAUGAAUGGUUACAGCUGACACGCUUGAUCAAUGAAUCAGAAACAAGGAGAUUGGUCCCAACAGAAGAAUACCCAACUCAUGUGUGUGAAUGGUUGGCCCGAGUUGACUUCAGACAUGAGUGUGUGAGACAAAAGAUAGACUACACACGACCCAAACCCAAAAGUCUGCGUGAAAAACCAGGCUUCUGUGCCAGACACAGGCCUUAUGUGAGAAAAACUCGUAAUCACAGAGAAGCUUUAACCAAAGUCGGUCGCAUGGACCUCAACAGAGUGCAGUUCAUUGACAAUUUCUAAUCUGAAUUUUGGUCAGAGACACUUACAAUGAUAUGGAAAAAGUGAAUUUCUACAAAUAUGGGACAAGUGCAAUAUCAUCCAAAAAACAAGUGAACCAUCUGCGAUUUGAAAAAUAAUUUAUAUUAGUGCCAAAUUAGUAAAAAAGGUUAUGUGCAAUUAAUUUAUUAACGUUAUGAAAAAUAAAAGUUUACUAUAUUUACA